AUGGCCUCUUCAGGGUAUGCUAGAGUUCUCUUUUUCAUUGCCCUCACGUUUCCUACGUCCCUUUUUGGUGCACACACUCCACCUUCUUCUUUUACUGCAUUGAAUCAGCUCAAAUAUUGGUCAGAAAAUGUCCAAGGCACCAUGCCUGGAAAUCUUCUGUCCAAAUUAUCUCCAUUGAAUAAGGAACAAGCUGAACGUUUGACUUCAUUAGUGUCCAAGAAAAAUCUUCCUUUGGAUUCAAAUUAUUGUUCUGUUGCGAACCUAGCUUGUUCACCCAGAUCACUCGUUGUAAAUAUGCGGGCUUUUGGUGCUUACGGCUAUGGCAGAAUUAGCCCAUCGCUGGUUCAACAUGUUGAUCCUUCUUCUUUCUUCGAAAUCUCACUUCUCAAACAAGGAAGCAUGAUGCAUCUCUCAAACUUGGAAAACCAAUUACCUCAACAUUCAUUUCUUCCUUCUCAAAUUGCAUCAAAGUUCUCUGUUGUGGAAAAUGACCUACAAAAGUUAUUUCCUCAAUCCUUUAAAAACCCUCGAACAAAAGAUGCUAUUCAAUCCACUCUUAUUUAUUGCAAUACUCCUCCUCUUAAGGAAGAGAUUCAGAGCUGUGUAAAAUCGCUUGAAGAUAUGAUUGAAUUUGCAAAGACUGCUAUAGCCUACGCAGUGGAUGUUCUUGAACCUAAGACAAAACUUCCAAUCAACACAGUCAUGGUGAUAUGUCACAUGGAUACUUCAAACUGGUCCCCUAAUCAUGUGGCCUUUAAGUUGCUGAAAUCCUCUCCUGGGAAAGUUGUAGCAUGCCAUUGGGUGUUUCAGAAUGAUCUCCUUUUCUUUUCUGCAGAAGAGGACUAG